ACAGUUUGUUUGCCCUCUGUUGAAGGAUUACUUCCGGGCACACCGUCUACCGCUAGCUCGUCGAAAUCAAAAUGUAUGAAGUGGAUAUUUUCCGCGCUUCAAGAUAGUGCAAUAAUUUAUGACGACUUCUGCUGUUUUAACAACAACAAAAAAUUGGUCGUGUGCAUUUACUACUAUCCGGGUUGUUUCGUUAGCUAGCUAGCUAGCUGGAAAACAAGAGUUGCGAUCUUCGUGAAAGGCACUUUCUUACCGCUUGUUAAAGAAGAUGUCUGCGGAAGAGGCGGCAGACAACACAACCCCGGCGGACGCGAGUGCGGGAGAUGGCGGCGGAGACGAGGAAGAAGAGUGGCUCUACGGAGAUGAUGAUGAGAGAGCUGAUGAAGAAGAGGCCAAACUAACCGCUGCUGUCAGUGCACCUGUUCCUGCUACGGAGUCAGAUGAGGCAGCUGCUACAGGCAACGGAGUGGAAGCUCAGGAGAAGGAGCCAGGAGAUGAUGACGACAGUGAUAGCGACAGUGACGAUGAUGACGAUGAUGUUCGUGUCACCAUCGGAGACAUCAAGACCGGAGCUCCACAGUACACAACGUAUGGAGUGGCUCCUGUUAACCUGAACAUAAAGACAGCGGGAGCCAGACCCUAUGGAACAGUAGGGAACAAGUUAAAGGGUGUGGAUCUGGAGGCCCCGGGCAACAUCAAUGGAGUCCCAGUGGUGGAGGUGGACAUGGAGACAUUCGAGGAGAAACCCUGGAGGAAACCAGGUGCUGACCUGUCUGACUACUUUAACUAUGGGUUCAACGAGGACACGUGGAAGGGCUACUGUGACAAACAGAAGAGGCUGAGGAUGGGCCUGGAGGUCGCUAACAUCUCCUCCACCACCAGCAAAAUCACUGUUCAGCAGGGCAGGACAGGGAAUGAGAAGGAAGUGAGUUUACCCAUCCACACGUCCAAACCUGACUUCCCCACUCCAGCCAGUCUCUACAAGUCAUCCAUGAACAUGAACACUACCAGGAUCUCCCCCCCACAGUGGACUGCUCCCCCCGUCCAGGACAUGUCCUACUAUACGAAGACCAGCGGUACAAUCGACGUGAUUGGAGGAGGGACUGCUACCAUCAGCAGAGUGGAGGGACGACGAAGACACAACCUGGAGGGAAAUAACAUCCAGGUGAUUUCGGAACACUCGUCGUCGGACGCUGAGCCAAACCCCAACAAGAUGCCCCCCUUCUUCCCCCCUGGCCCCCUCCCCCCUAACAUCCCUCCUCCUCCAUUCCUCCCCCCUCCUCCCAACGUCAGCCAGGCUCCACCUCUCAUCCCCCCACCAAGAAUACCUAUGAAUGUCCCUCCUCCUGGUUUCCCUCCUCCCAGCGGCCCCCCUCCGUCUCUCAUCCCCACCUUGGACAGCAGUGGGCAUCCAGGUGGAUAUGAUGUCCGUCCCGUUCCACCAUACCCCUUCCCCACAGGUGGUUUCCCUCCUCCUAUGACAGGUGGCUACCCUCCUCCUAUGCCAGGUGUGGUGUCUCCAUGGCCUCCUAUGAUGGACCAGUCUAAACAGUGGGACUACUACCCUCCAGGACCGGGACCGGGACCAGGACCCAGACGGGAGGACAAGAGGGAGAAGGAGAGAGAGAGACCCAGGGAGAGACCACAUGAGAGGGAGAGAGAGAGAGAGCACAGCCCCUCCACAAUGGCUUACAACAGUGACGAGGAGCGGUACCGCGGUUACCGGGAGUACCAGGCGGAGCGUGGCUACAGCGGCGGUGACCGUGGAGGAGGUGACCGUGGAGGGGGGGAGCGUGGAGGCGUAGACCGCGGAGGUGACCGUGGAGGUGGGGAGCGUGGCGGUGACCGUGGCAGUGGUGGUGAGCGUGGUGGUGGAGGCGGGGAGCGUCACAGAGAGAGGUCGAGCCGUGAGAAGGAGGAGAGACACAGAGAGAGAAGACACAGAGAGAAGGAGGAGGGGAGACACAAGUCAUCACGCAGUAGCAGCAGGAGGAGACAUGAUAGUGAAGAAGGAGACGGUCACAGGAGACACAAACACAAGAAGAGCAAGAGAAGCAAGGAGGGCAAGGAACCUAGUGAUGACAUGGGAGGAGACCAGGAGAACCAGGACACCAUGGAGUGAUGAAGACAACACCCUCCUCUCCCUCCAUCUUUCUCUCUCCUCUCCCUCUCAUCUGUCUCUCCUUCUGUUUCCCUCUCUACGUCCCUCCAUCUUUCUCUCUCUCCUCUCCCUCAGAGCACUGUUGUAGUUGAUCAUGCUCAGAGAUUGUUGUUGUUUACCCGUUCCCUUCGUAGUCAUGACGAUCAUAAACAACCCUCAUCUUCUGUCAUUUAUUUUUCGUCCCUCUAUUUUCUUAACCAAACACCUCGCUGAAAGAUGUCAAUUUGUUGAAUUAAAAAACAAGCUUUUGAUAA